AUGCUUCGAACGUACCUAAAUCAAGCAUCAUUUCCACUCAAAAUGCCGUUUAACAAUCCAUUGACGAGUGGCGCAGCAGUUCUGAAAUGCGUCUACUACGUAUGCAAAGCUUGCGGACUGGCUCCAAUAGCAAUCAGAAGUAACGACGGCCGCAAACUUCGAUUUCCGCCGUUCGAGCACUCGAAAGCUGGUCUGCUGUACAAUGCUGUUUUGAUCCUCAUCAUUCUCUCGAUGUCCGCAGCUAUCAUACAGUGCACUUUCGUAUACCGUACGAAAGCGGAAAUUUUGAAAUUCGACGGAGUUAUCGACGUGACCCACAACACAAUGGCCAGCGUCACCGCGAUUUUCGUACUGACAGUGUUCUGCAUCCAACAGCGGAAGAUCCUGGAAUUGGCCAACAGGAUGAGAGUUUUGGGAGAAAUGUCGCAGAGUCUUUGCGACGUCGAGAUCUGCGGCGGGCGGAAGAGGUUGUUGAGAGACGUGAUGAUGAUCUGCUUGACGACCUGUUGUACCUGGCUGUCGAUAUUUUUCACGACACAAGUGGAGAGCUACAAAGGCCUGCUGUAUUUCUCUUACAUUUAUCUUUGCAAUCUGAUCAUCACUUUGACCCUGAUGCAGUACAGCAUCGUGUUAAGGUUGAUGCAGCAGAUACUGCGAGUUGUUAACGCCAACUUUCAUCAUUUUUCCACGGAGCCCAGUCAGAGGAAAUUGAAAGUUCAGAUUAUUGAAACUAGCUGUCAGGGGAUUGGACGAUUCACGAGGUUGCGAGAACUUUAUCUGUCACUGUCCGAAGUGGCAGAGGGUUUCGAGGAGUUUUACUCACAACCGAUGUUACUUUGCAUUGCCUACAUUUUUCUCACAUUGAUUUUUUACGCUCACUUGAUUACGAAGCCUAUGGUGGUUGGGACUAGGUCGGUAACGAAUCCCCAACUCUGCCAUUGUGUAUUUCGAAUCAUGCAUUACGUGAUUUCGCUGAUAACUUUGGCUAAGUCUGUCUCAACUGUCAUUACUGAGAGUAAGAAAACCAGUAAGAUCUUCAAUAAAUGGCUGGGUACUUUGGACAGUCUCCAGCUGGAUCCAAAGUUAUAUCUCUUUUCCAAUUAUUUGCUGCAUCAUUCCUUGCAAUUUUCGGUGUUUCAACUCUUUUCACUGGACGGAUCAUUGUUGAUGUCGAUAACAGCGUCGAUAACCACCUACUUGGUGAUAUUUUUACAAUUUCAGAAUCACCAAACUACAGACAGUUAA